UGAAUAGACAAAAUACGUUAUAUAUGUGCCUACAUCCAUACAUCCAUAUGUUGUAGGUCAGUAUUUCAUUUGAUUUGUUCCUUAUUCACACUUAAUGUUUCUAUGAUGAAGAUAUUAUUAAAAUGAAAUUUCAAUUAUAUCUUCAUUAUUAUUAUUAUUAUCAUAAUGAUAAUUAUGUGUAAUGAAAAUGCAAUGAUUGUACAUUGAUGAAACGUACCAAACGAGCAACAUAAACACACACACACAUACAUACAUCCUCACUAACAAACAAACAAACAAGGAUCAUCUGUCAAUCUCAAUAUCAGAAUUCAAUUGUCCACAUGUAUAAUAAGAUCUAAUUAUUCAAUCAUAUAUGUAUUUGGAAACUUCUUAAAGGAUUUCUUAUCCAAAUGAUAAUGAUCUUCAAUUAAAAUGGAACUAUACAAAAUAUGUUAGAUGAAUUAUUGAAUAAUAUGUCUAAUUAUACAAAUUUAUAUUUCAUUACUGAUAAUCAUACUACUAAUACUACUACUACUCCAUCUUCUCCUCAUCCUUCUUCUCCUUCUCCUUCAACUACGACUACUACUACUACAACAACAAAUUCUACUAUUCAUCAUACUACUUAUAUCAUUCCUAUUACAUUAUCUAAACAAAAUGAAUUAGAUUUAGAAUAUUUAGAUCAUAUAUUAAGUAUAAUGCGUUUAAUAUGUGGUAAAAUUUUAACUCCAUUAUUAUGUUUAAUUGGAUUUAUAUCUAAUAUUAUUAAUAUUAUUAUAUUAACAAGAGAAUGGAUGAGUUCAUCAACUAAUAUCUAUUUAACUGCUGUAUCUAUAUGUGAUUUAUUAUAUUUAUUAUUUACUUAUUUAUUUUCAUUAUGGUUAUAUCCAUCUAUUAAACAAUUAACUAUUUAUGCAUAUAGUAUUACUUAUAUACAUGGUACUGCUAAUUUAUUUAGUAAUAUUACUACAUGGCUUACUGUAAGUUUUACAUUAGAACGUUAUAUUGUUAUAUCAUCACCUAUAUUAGGUAAACGUUAUUGUACUAAACAACGUGCACGUUAUGUUAUUAUUAUUAUAUUUAUUAUAUGUUUUUUAAUAACAUUACCAGAUUAUUUAAAAAAAACAAUCAAAUAUAAUCAUACUACUUAUAAUACUACUCAUAAUAGUAGUAAUCAUCAUAAUCAAUUAAUCAAUAAUUCUACUAAUAUAACAAUCAAUAAUAAUCAUAAUCAUUAUAAUCAAUAUUUAGUUGUUGAUACACAAAUCAAUAUCAUUUUAAUUAAAAUUGGUUAUGAUUAUAUUAAUCAAAUUAUAUUUAUUAUAUUACCAAUGAUAUUAUUAAUAAUAUUUAAUAGUUUAUUAAUAAGAUCUGUAAUGAAAGCAAAUUAUGAUCGAAGAAUAUUAAUCAAACAAGGUAAUAAUAAUUGUAUACCAUCGAUCAAUAUUACAAAUGAUCCGAAAAAUAUUGAUUUAUUACCAAAUAUUAAUACAAAUAUCAAUACUCAUGGUGAUAAUGAUAAGAAUAAUAAUGGACGUCAAUAUAGUAUGGUUCAAUUAAAUCAAGAAGCUACAACAAGUCAAAUAGUACCAGCUAUUGUACGUGAUGCAUUAGAAGCAAGUAUGAGAACAACAAUUGGUAUCACAUCUAGUAUAACACAAUCAUAUCGAUCAAUGAAUUAUCAAACAAAUUUAUUACCAAUUAUGAAUAUCAAAAGAGGUACAAAAUUAGGUGAACAACAUCGUAUUACAUUAAUGUUAAUUACUAUUGUUAUAGCAUUUGUAUUAUUACAAUUACCAAGUAUGGUACCAACAAUAAUAAUGAAUUUAUGGAAUACUGGUAUGAUUCAAUCAACACAAUAUACAACAAAGUGCCUAUUAAUAUAUGCAAAUAUAUCAAAUGUAUUAUUAAUUAUUAAUGCUGCAUUAAAUUUUGUAUUUUAUUCAUUAUUUUCAGCAAGAUUUCGUCAAACAUGUUAUAUACUACUGAAAAAUAUUACUUGUUUAAAACAUUUUUUAUAUCAAUAA